AAUGUGGUCUCUCGCCUUCUCCUCAGUGCCUGUGAAACCAACGGCAAUCUGAAAAUAUUCUAAGAGCAGACAGCUAGGGAGCUGGGUACUAACUAACUGUCUAUCUCACUACACACACUCUCAGUCUCGCUCAACUCUCUUACUGGAUCUCUAGCAGCAGGGUCCAGCAUUCAGCAGUUGUAAGGAAAAGAAUGUGAAAUAAUAUUCUCACCAUUCCAUCUUGACCUCAGAAUUGCACUUUCACAGAUACUAUCAGUUGUCUUCAUUUUACACGCGGGUAGUGGAAACGCUAAUCUGCAUGGGAAUCUCAGCGUCUUCGAUUCUUUGACAUUGUGAAGGCGAGUUCUUCGUGAUUGCAACCUAUAAAAGGCAGGACGAAUGCGAGGAGCGAUACGAAAGUACUACGACUACUGAUUCUAGCAGAAGCGCGCUAACACUUUGGAAAAUAAGGCUUAGGAAGAUCUGGAAGCUGAUCAUUAACAGACAUCAUGCAUCGUCCAAAGGGAUCGUCCCUGUUUUCUUUUAGCUUUCAACUAGGAAUUGUGAUGGCAGCUUUGCUCCUCAAGAUUCACCAUGUGACCGCAGAAAGCAAUAAUGGUGAAAAUGCUUAUGUGCAUAAUGAAACAAGAUCAUGCACUGGAACAUAUGAUUGUAAAGAAGGUGUGAUCUUGCCAGUGUGGGAACCCCAGAACCCAUCUAUUGGGGACAAAGUUGCAAGAGCUACUGUCUACUUUGUGGCUAUGGUUUAUAUGUUCCUAGGGGUCUCCAUCAUAGCUGAUCGUUUCAUGGCGUCUAUUGAGGUCAUCACUUCUCAGGAAAAGGAGAUAACCAUUAAGAAACCCAAUGGGGAGACCACCACCACAACAGUACGGAUUUGGAAUGAGACUGUGUCCAAUUUAACCCUAAUGGCAUUGGGUUCUUCAGCUCCUGAAAUCCUACUGUCAGUCAUUGAAGUGUGUGGCCACAAUUUUGAAGCAGGAGAUCUUGGGCCGAGCACAAUUGUAGGCAGUGCUGCCUUCAAUAUGUUUGUAAUUAUAGGUCUCUGUGUCUAUGUAGUCCCAGAUGGAGAACAUAGGAAGGUUAAACAUUUGAGGGUGUUCUUUGUCACAGCAGCUUGGAGCAUCUUUGCCUACACCUGGCUGUAUCUGAUCCUGGAUGUAAUUUCUCCCGGCAUCGUCCAAGUCUGGGAAGGCCUGCUUACUUUGUUUUUCUUCCCCAUUUGUGUUUUGUUUGCCUGGGUUGCAGACAGGAGGCUCUUGUUCUACAAGUAUGUCUAUAAGCGGUACAGAGCUGGGAAACACAGGGGGGUGAUCAUUGAAACUGAAGGUGACCGGCCACUGCCAUCAAAGGUAGACAUUGAAAUGGAUGGCAAAAUGUUGAACUCCCAUGCUGUGGACUUCCUAGAUGGGACCCUAGCUCUGGAAGUAGAUGACAGAGACCUAGAUGAAGAGGAAACCAGGAGAGAUAUGGCAAGAAUCCUAAAAGAACUCAAGCAAAAGCACCCAGAAAAGGAAGUGGAGCAACUGAUAGAGCUGGCCAACUACCAGGUCCUAAGCCAACAGCAGAAAAGCCGUGCCUUUUAUCGUAUUCAGGCCACAAGGCUGAUGACCGGUGCGGGGAAUAUCCUGAAGAAGCAUGCUGCUGAUCAAGCAAGAAAAGCUGUCAGUAUGCAAGAGGUUCGACCAGAAGUAGCAGAAAACGAUCCUGUGACUAAGGUGUUCUUUGAUCCAGGUGUGUACCAGUGUCUUGAAAACUGUGGGACUGUGUCUCUAAAUGUUGUUAGGCGAGGAGGUGAUUUGACCAACACUGUUUCCGUGGAAUUCCGAACGGAGGAUGGUUCAGCCAAUGCCGGUUCAGAUUACGAGUUCACUGAGGGGACCCUCGUCUUCAAACCAGGUGAGACACAGAAGGAAAUUAAAGUGGGAAUCAUUGAUGAUGACAUUUUUGAAGAGGACGAGAACUUCUUGGUCCACCUUAGCAAUGUCAAGGUGCAUUUGGAGAAUGCAGCUGAAAACAAUCCAGGCACAAAUCAUGUUGAAACGCUUGCAUGCUUGGGCAUACCUUCAACUGCAACUGUGACCAUCUUUGAUGAUGACCACGCUGGCAUCUUUACAUUUGAGGACCCUGUGAUGCAUGUGAGCGAGAGCAUAGGUACCAUGGAGGUGAAGGUUCUGCGGACCUCUGGAGCACGUGGGGUAGUUGUUGUCCCUUACAAGACCAUAGAAGGUACAGCCAGAGGUGGUGGAGAGGAUUUUGAAGAUACCCAUGGAGAGCUGGAGUUCCAGAAUGAUGAGAUAUUCAAAAUAAUAAAGAUCAAAGUAAUUGAUGAUGAGGAGUAUGAGAAAAACAAGAACUUCUUCGUCGAGGUUGGGGAGCCCCGUCUGGUGGAGAUGAGUGAGAAGAAAGCUUUUUUACUGCAUGAGUUCGGUGACUUUAUAAAAACAGGGGAUAUUCAGUAUGGCAAGUGUGUCUACAGGAAAAUUCACAGCAGAGACCGUCCAAUCCCAUCUACAGUAGUCCGCAUUGCAGAGGAGGAUGAAUUGGAGCCCCUGAAAAGCAAAGAUGAGGAAGAGCGUCGCAUAGCGGAGAUGGGACGGCCAACAUUGGGGGAGCAUGUCAAACUAGAAAUUAUCAUCGAAGAAUCAUAUGAAUUCAAGAGCACUGUGGAUAAACUGAUCAAGAAGACUAAUCUUGCCCUGCUGGUCAAGACUAACAGCUGGAGAGACCAGUUUAUUGAAGCUAUCACAGUCAGUGCAGGUGAGGAUGAUGAUGACGAUGAAUGUGGCGAGGAGAAACUCCCUUCCUGCUUUGAUUACGUCAUGCACUUCCUGACUGUGUUCUGGAAAGUUCUGUUUGCAUUCGUACCCCCGACAGAGUACUGGAAUGGAUGGGCCUGCUUCAUUGUGUCCAUCUGCAUGAUUGGUCUCCUGACAGCUUUUAUUGGGGAUCUGGCCUCCCAUUUUGGCUGCACCAUUGGUCUGAAGGAUUCCGUGACUGCCGUUGUGUUUGUUGCACUGGGAACAUCUGUACCAGAUACUUUUGCCAGUAAAGUAGCUGCCACACAAGACCAGUACGCUGAUGCCUCCAUCGGCAACGUCACUGGCAGCAAUGCUGUGAAUGUGUUCCUGGGGAUUGGCGUCGCCUGGUCCAUCGCUGCCAUCUACCAUAACUCCCAAGGAAGGGACUUUAGGGUGGACCCCGGCACCCUGGCUUUCUCCGUCACCCUCUUCACCAUUUUUGCUUUCAUUUGCGUCGGGGUGCUGAUGUACAGACGGAGACCUGAAAUCGGGGGGGAGCUGGGUGGCCCUCGGACUCCUAAGAUCCUCACCUCAUUACUUUUUGUCAGCCUUUGGCUCUUGUACAUUCUCUUCUCAUCUUUGGAGGCUUACUGCCACGUAAAGGGCUUCUAAAGAACAGUGGAAGCUUCGAUGGGGAGCAGAAACAACAACAGCAAAACAGUAACAUGUUUGUUUUUUUGUUGUUGUUUUCUCCACUUGCUGAUGAAAUGCAAUUUUUAAAGGGGGAAUUAUCUUUACUUGAUUCGGAAAGACCUCAAAAGGAUGUCAUCCAUGGGUAAAGGUUUAAAUAAACUUAUCUUCAUAAAAUCCCUAUUGAGAGACCGUAUUUUAUAGAAGGAUCACUUCGAGAAGAAGCCAGGAAAACUAGAAGACUAGAAAACCACCUGAAAUUGAAUUACUAUUUGUUACUUUAAUUACUAUUUAAUUACUUAUCACAAAUAAGGACAAGUAAAAAAAAGUCAUUUAUUUAGCAUGUCUGUUGACCUAUUAUGGUAACAAAUUCACAGAAGGAAACAGGAUUGUUUGAUUCCCUGCCCACAGGGUAUUGCAUAUAAAAGAAUGGAUGCCCAAGCCACCACUGAGUUUUGCGUAGAGAUGCAGAAUUAAACACUAUCAUCCUUAGGCUUUCUUGCUUUAAGUAUGCCACAGUGAUACAUGUGGUACUUACUGUGUAAGUGGGUGGAAAACCCACUAAGAACCACAGAUGCUGCUGACAACCCUACAGUUUUGAAUACAUUGCUUCGUGGUUUAGUUAUAGUUACCCAAAACAGCUUUUCUAGAUCAGUUGUUUAAGAACAAAAAGAAACAAAAACAAGAAAAUGCUGUUCCACCAUUUGUCAAAAAAAAAAAAUCAAUAAUGAAUUGAUGUAUAUCAAGGUUUUUAUUUUCUUGCAUUUCUGCAUUUAUUUCCAUGACAACUUGGUCUUUCUCAUCCUCCGCCCUGAAGUACGGCAGCCAAUUUAUUCAACCAUAUAUGCAUAAGCUUCCCCUUACAGAUAGGUAAGAAUUAUUAAACAUUUGAUAAUGCUAAGUUUAUAAACACUAAAAGACAAUGAAUACAUUUAUUUUAGUAUUUCUAAAUGGAAAUUGAUUAAUUUUCUAAAUGGAGAAACAUUGAGUAGUAACAAAAGAAAAUACAUACAAAGGACUGCUUUCACUGUAAGCAGUUUCCCACAACACACUGAGGUACAUGAUGAAAAAUGUGCAACACAAAUGUGUUACUCCAAUGCUGCCCAUUACACCCUCACAUCCUGCUGCUACUUAAUAUAGCUAGGCUGCAGCAGGAUUCCCCAUAGCCUAACACUUUUAAUACACCCUAUAAGUUGCAUAUAUAUACAGGGUGAUUAGAAAGUAAGUUUACCACAUGAGAUAUGGUGCGUUUAAUUAGGAUUGGGCAAACGUUGUGCGCAAGAGUACACAGAGGUCCUAUCAAAUUUUAUUUAUUAUUAGCCUUCCCUCUGAAAAUGUCUACAUAUACUGACAGCAUGAUUUUCAAAUGGUGCAUAAUAAGGACUUGUAUCUACUGUAUUUUGCAAAAGGGACGAACAAGUAGUCACAAACCACGUUCGUGUAUUGUAUAAGUUACAAACUCUUCACAACCAGGGGUCUGCAGCCCCCUAGGGGGCCUUAAGGAGAAUGUGUUAUUUUCCCUGCAUGCUUAAGACACGCUGAAACCUGUUCAUUUCAGCAUGUCAUAAGCAUGCGCAGAAAUUAACGCCUUCUCAGGUUAUGUAACACGCUCUCGCGUUACAUAUGGUGUAAUACAGCUAUUUCAGCAGGAGCGCGACAGAUUACAAAGCAGAGGAAAAAUCAUUGGAAACGCACACACUAUAAAUACCAGAUAUGGAUACAUUUUUAAUUCGACCAUCAGCAUCAAAACAACAAACCCCACAGAAUGAUGAUACAGAAGUUCCUUUAAUGAGUUCAACCAUAAGGGCUGAAGAACAGCAAGGAGGUGGUGGUGUGAGUAAAAAAACAUAAAGCCGUUAUUAACCCUGCAAAUAAGGAGAUGCGAAGACAGCUUCUUGAAUUUCGGUUUUAUUUGUACUGAAAGUGGAGAUAUACCUCAACCGCAGUGUGUACUGUCCAAUGAAUGUUUGAUGUUUGAAACUUGAAGACCCCAGAGAAGUAUCCUACUGAGCUCAGUCCAGACGGUUGUCAUGCUGAUGCGCUAGGGAAGCCACACUGUGGUUGAUCCCUGGAGCCAGCAUUGCAGCCGCUGUGUGUGCUGAUGCGCCAGGGAGGCAAAAUAAGCAGAUCCCUGGAGCCAGCAUUACACUUCAGCCAUCAACACCAGGCAGAAGGUUAUCUACAUCAGCAGAUGGAAAGAAACGCAAAUGGAUCACAUUAGUUUACUGUAAAGCUACGUCUUAGUUGGUGCUUAUCUUGGCGAGAGCCAAGUUCAAAUCAGCAUGAAGUUUUAACAUCUACUCUCAUGUAAUUGGAAAUCAUCUUGAAACCCUCCAAAUUACAGAGACAUUUAAUUACCAAGCAUGAAAUAGAUAAAAACAAGCAACAUUAAUUUUUGAGCAAAAGGCUAAGGAACUGCUUGGUACUAAAGCUGUAAUGAAAUCCACAAAAUUCACAGAUAAAAAGCUUGUAGUGUCAUCGUACAUAGUGGCGCAGAAAAUUGAAUACGAUUGCUGAGGAGUUGAUAAUGCCAUGUACCAUUGAAAUUGGAAAGGAAAUGUUUGGAGAGCAGGCCAAGGAACUGGCAAAAAUGCCAAUGUCAAAUGACACUGUCAAACGACAGAUCGCUUUUAUGUCAGAAGACAUCGUUUUGCAGUGCAUUGAUCGGCUGUGUGGCAGUGAUUUUGUUAUACAACUCGAUGAUUCCACAGACAUUUCUAAAAUGUCCCAUUUACUCACCUACGUUCGAUAUGUGUGGAAUAAGGGAAUAAAGGAAGACUUUUUGUUUUGCAAGGAGCUCAAGACAACAAAGUCAGACGAUAUUUUCAAACUGUUGGAUGAUUUUAUAACUUCAGCAGAAAUCAGCAGGACUAAUUAAUUGCAUUGGGGUCUGCACUAAUAGAGCCACAGCAAUGACCAGAAAGCAUUCUGGUCAUUAAAAUAAAAGCUGUUGCACCUUGCGCUAUUUGGACACCAAGAGGCGCUUGCUGCGAAAGACACUGAACCAGGUCUUCACAGUGUUCUGAACACAGCAGUAAUACUAGUUAAUUUUAUUAAAUCCAGAGCAACAAACUCCAGAUGUUUUGCUGCACUUUGUGAGGAAGUGGGCGCAGAGCACCAUUCCUUGCUCAUGCAUACAGAGGUGUGAUGGCUAUCUUGAGGCAGAAUGCUUACCCGUAUAUUUAAUCUCAAGGAAGAAUUACAUACUUUCUUAGCUGGUAAGAAACCUGAACUCGCUGAAGUGCUGAAAGAUGACGUGUGGCUGGUAAAACUGGGUUACCUUGCAGACAUAUUCAGUGAAAUGAAUAAGCUGAAUACAACUAUGCAAGGUGGGAACACUCAUUUUAUUGCCCAGCUUGAAAGAAUUGAACCAAAAGGAAACUACAACGCUGGAAAGUUUGUGUCUGUGGGGGGACUACUGAUAUGUUUGAGCUCUUACCUUCUUUCAUUCAGGAACGAAACAUUGACUUUGACAUAAUCAAACCGCAGCUGGCAACGCAUCUGUCUGGUCUACUCAACAAAUGUAAUACUUACUUUCCUGAACUCACGAUGGAACAAGCCGCUACACACCUGUGGGCUACAAACCCCAUUAGUGAGAAUAUUGAAGCUGAACUGCCGUCCUCUGUCCCAUCAAAGCUGUUAGACGAGCUUGUUGACAUUUCAUCAGACAGCUCCCUCAGAACCAAGUUCAGUGAAAUGCUGCUGGAGACAUUUAGGUGUGAGUGCUCCGAUGAAUACAGCACUGAAAGUGUUGGUCCCAUUCAGUACAACAUACUUGCACAAAACCGGAUUUUCAGUCAUGGCAUCGAUGAAAACAAAGUACCAAGCCAGGAUGAACAUUGACCAUGACAUGUGUAUGUGCUUGGUGAAGAUACCUCCACGUCUUGACAGAAUUGUUGCUCAGCACCAGCAACAAGUUUCACAUUGAGUAAGUAAAACAAAAAUAAUUAUAUAUAUAUAUAUAUAUAUAUAUAUAUAUAUAUAUAUAUAUAUAUAUAUAUAUAUGUAUAGUAACAUGGCCUCUCUCACGCCUGUUCACUUGCCCCUAUAGAAACGUAGACCCAACACAAAACUUGAGGUUUUAGCGCUUACGCACACUUUUAAUAAUAGAAAAAUAAACAAUACGAAAACAAAAACCUAGCUCCUUUGGAACACUUACUAAACAUACAGGAACUUCCUAGCUAUCAACGGGACAGCAUAAAAAAAGCAUUAAACAAAACACAUAGGUUAUAUUUUAAACAGAAUACAAAGGUUUCACACUCUACCUUUUUUUUAUACGACUGUACACACACACACACACACACACAAAGCCAUAAGUUUGAGAACUCCUGCUUUAGAGUACAGUAUCUGUUUUUAAAAAUUUUGUAUAGCUUUAAGUGGGGUCUGAUUGGGUGUAAAGAAGGGAAAACAGAUAUUUUGCUUUAACUGAAUUAAUGCUUUAUUCUGUAGAUCAGGCCAAAUCUGUGACUCUGUUUGGCCAGCCAUGCUUGUUUUAGAGUAAUUAUUUAGCGACGGUCUGGCUUAAAAAAUGGAAAACAUUGCACUAGCACCGAGUAAAGAAGUUCAGCUGGUGAUUCGUCACCAACAAUAUGAAAGAAAGCCAUGAAGGUGUGAUGUUCCUGUUAGCAUACAAAAAUGAGAGACUAAAACGGACUUGACCUGUACCUUUGUAUCUAUUUUAGAAUAGGGAAAAAAAAAAAAAAAUUCACAUGUGAAGUGCAGCCAUACAUUUUGCAUCCUGUGCAGUCAAGAUAUAUAUAUAUAUAUAUAUAUAUAUAUAUAUAUAUAUAUAUAUAUAUAUAUAUAUAUAUAUAUAUAUAAAAGAAGAAAUGCAAAUUGUGCUCAGUUGCAUUUUAAACUGUUUUGUCUUCUGCACAGCAGCUGUGCAGUUAGUUAGUCUGUACAUGUCUUCUUUUCCUCAUCUGUCCAUAUUUGGGCAUGUUAAUGUGGUACUUGUAAACACUGUGCAUGGAUGAAAACAUGUCUGUAUAUAGUAAGCAGUAUCCCAUUCAUUAAUGUCCGUCGAGGGAGAGUUGAAUGAUGUGUAUAGAUUUUGUUUGGGUUGGGGUGGGUGGGGGGUUCUCUUUGGAAACGUGCACAUUAUAUUAAAAAGGCAAUAUCAGAAUCUUGUAUAUUGGGAUCAAAGAAAUCAUGUAUUUAGAAAUUUUAAAAAAAAAAGUUGCAUGGAUACUUGUACAAACACUGCUUUGCUUGAGGCUAAAUGAUUCAGCUGCAAUAUGACAGUCAGAAAGAAGAAUAUACAACAAAGAUAUUUCUCUCAUGACUCAAGAAUUUAAAGUUUGUGUGUAUAUAGUGUAUAAUGUACAAUGCUGACUCUAGUGAUGUUAAAGGCUAAAUGUUAAAUCUACAUUUAUUAUAUUUAACUUGGAUCCCUCAAUAUGCAACUGACAUUAAAUAUUGCCUUUGAUCCCACUGGUUGCUACAAGGUCUAGUUUACUUUGUGUUGGACAAUGUAAUUAUUCAGGAAUAUAUCUGUUGAGGUAGUGUUGUUUGAGAUGACGAGUCUCAGUAUUAAUAUGUAUUUACAACGCCUCAUAUAUCAAUCUUGGCCCCAUCUGGUUCCAUCUUGUUAGAAGCAUUCUUCAAAAAGGGGAGCUUAGAAUUGCAAACAAAAUAUAAUAAAAUAACACAUUCCCUUUUUUCAAAACACACAAGACACACAAGUCCAAACAGAUGCUUUUGUAACCAGUGUUUCAAGUUGUAUCACACUACUUAUUAGUAUUUAAACCAUAUAUGGGUGUUUUUUGAAUUUGUCCACAGAUUAAAAAAAAAAAUACGUACAACCUUCAUCAAUCUAACAAAGACCGGUUAAUUUUGUCACUAGAUCUAGUACUUUUUAUGCUAGCAGACUUCUGCAACACUAGAAAUGAAUAAUUCAUACAUAUCCAUGUUCAUGACAGCACCACCUGCAGCUGUUCUGAUACAUCAUGUUCAGGGUUACGCUGUAGAUUUGUUUUUUUUCUAAUGUUUUAUUAUUAUGAUUUGAUUUUAUGUUCUGUCUUUGUUCUGGGUUUAUUUAAUUUUGUUUUUGUGUUGCACACAAAAAUAGGAAGGAAGUACACAACUGUGAUAUCAACUGUGAUAAUUAUACAUGGUACACUUCUUGGCACAGAAAAAUAAAGUUUGGUAUAUGCUGUUUUAAAGAGCAAUGGUUAUAAUAUGAUAUUUCAGUGCUUCCAUUAGCUCCUCCCUUUGUUGAUUUCUGAAGUGGUUGUAUCUCCUUUUCCAGUCUGUACUGCAGUCUGAUUUUAUUUAUUCUGAAAGUGGAUUUGAUAUUGUUCAAAUCCGUCCCUGAUUUCAUGUGAGCACACUGGACCUGAUGGCGAACUCACCCAUCUCUGACUUGGCAGUAUUAUAUAAAUAUGUGCUACCAAUUUCAUUACACAACGCUGCAUCCUAACAUCACCAUUCAGAGGUCUGUAGUUAAAACAACCUCCUCUCUGUUAGCGUUGUCUGAAUUCAAAAUUCCCAUGAUAGUUUGGGGAAAUAAAGCUUCCUUUAUACAUUUAUUUUUAUUCUGAAGACAAGGGUAGCUUGAUUUUGCGUUUUGCUUUACAGAAUAAAAAAAUAAACUGUAUUUCUUGAAGCCAAAAUAUGAUUAAACCACUGCCAAUGUUUUUUGUACUGAUUGAAAUCUUUUCUUUACUCACGCAAAACCACAGAGCGAAAACAAAAAAACCGUGUCUCCACUCUGAAGUGCUGGUUCAGUUUGAACCAAAUGAUACCUUUCCUACACAUCUCAGCUCUGAGUAUUACACCUGAAAGGUACAUUAGGGAGAAAAACCAAAUUUGUGGUUUGUGGUAAUUGUAAUGAGUCAUUAACUGCCGUUUUGGCUUUAAAAUGUAUGAAAACAUAAAUUAUGUGAAAAAAACUGUGUUCCUCCACCAGUUUUAAUACUCCAGUUGACAUGUUAAACAGAAAAACAAUUCCACAAUAGUUAGGAAAAUAGAACACAUACAGUACUGUUCAACUUCCAUAUGUUGACUGAGAAUGAUGAGUGUAUCUAUGACUUCCUAUUUCAUUUGUUGGCACUGACUUCUGCAUUACAUUGUUUUACUGUAUAUCUCUGUAACUCUUUCAACACUGCAGAUCAGUAUAAAGGUCGAGGAAAAAAACUCAUACUGCAGUGUAGGAAACUGAUACUAUUGAAUUAGUUAUCUUAGGCCUGGGAUAAUAUUUCUGUAAAGUAGUACCAAAUAACCUAAAAGAAUUUCAAUUUAUUUGUGUGUUUUGAUAGACGAGUUUUCAAGUCUUAACAAUACUAUAUGUGGAUGUUUCCACGAUUAAUCUGACUAUAUCAUUCUGAAUGACACCACUAAUAUACAUUUUACAGCAUAGUGUUUAGGAAUCAAAGCAAAGUUAUAAAAUAAAUGUCGUAAAAAUGUAUUCACUGCAUCUCAUCACAUCUUUGUUGCAUGCUGAAUCAGUAGGCAGCAUGUCUGUGGGGCAUUGCAAGAAUGUUUCAAUUGUUCAGGUUUCAAAAAAUAAUUAUGACUGGAUUAUUUUGGUGACAGGAUAGUAUAUUUAACACAUUUCACUGAUGCUGCGAGAUUUAAAUCAGUGAGUUUUACAAUGUACAUUAUUUCCAAAACCGGAGCUUAUAUCUAUCCAUUUCAAAUGCAAGUGAGGACUUUGCUGUCUUGGUUAUAGCAAUGCGUAAAUAUUGAUAAUCAUACUGCAAAGUUUACAUUAUCACUGCCUGGUAUCACAGUUUUGAGUCCAUUUCUGAUUUGAUUUUAGGGUUGCUUGAGCAGUGGUUUAUUUAGCUUUAGUUCUGGUGGGAGCUGGAAAUUUGGCUGGCCACUAUUACGAGACUGUUAACCAAGUCAGCUGUGAAAUUGGGAGUCGUGGAACACUUGUCUCCUAAGAAGAGUAAUUGGUGUAGUAAAGCAGUACCAAUCUGCACGUCUCAGAUUGGUAUGCAGCUGGUAUAUAUGUCAAAAAUAUAGAUCCACAAUUGUGUGCAUACUGUGGGCUGAGAGGAAUUUAAAUUAGGAUAAGCCAGGCAUAUUAAUGCCAUUUGUGUAGCUGGAGAAACUUCCUCAGAGUCUGAAACAUGUGCAAAAAGGUCAGAUUGGACAUUUUUUUAGUUUAAACUCAUUUCUUUUCACCACAUAAUUUCUUCUUUCACUUUUUUUUAGUGAGUAGAAUACAAAUGAUGUAGGAUAUGAAACCAGUAAAAAAACGAAGGAGCCCUUAGUUAAAUAAAUGCCCGUUAUAAAUUACUUAAAAAUAUGUUUCUUGAUGACGUUUCUCAAGGAAUCCAAAGACUUUGUUGAAACAUGUUGUACAUAAAAUAAAACUGUGCGGUGGUUCGCCCCUUGUUUAUCUUUUUCACUGUUCUAAAAUUGUAAAGGCAAGUGUCUGAGCCAAUGGCAAAGUCAAGAAGGCAAGUGUCUGAGCCAAUGGCAAAGUCAAGUUCUGCAGUUAGACCAACUUGUUAUUGUCAGGAAGAUUUUUGACAGACAGAAAGCGAAGAUCUGUAUUGAAAGCAGCCUACCCCAAAGUACAUUUUUGCUGAUAACAGCGACUUGUGGACAACUUGAGUAAGUCUGCAAGGAAAAAAUAUUUGUAAUAUAAAACAAUGCCAUAUUCACUUUGAUCUUUAACAGUAUUGUUUUGUUAAUUUGCUGUACAGUUCUUUCCCAGUACCCAGAGUCAAUAGGUGUCCUGAAGGAGUGGGGAGGAAGUAAGCAGUAGGAGCACGUGUCCUAUUUAAACUUUACAUUAGGACAAAAUGCUGUGCAUGUGUUUGCAAACAUUUACUUAUAUCCUAAUGCCCUGCUCGUCUUUUCAUAAAGCUUCAGGAUCUCAUUUUAAUUUCCUUUCAUCAGCCCUGUGUCUAUCAGGCCAACUGCAGUAAUUAAAUGUUAAGAUAUAAUCCCCAAGAAUUAGUCCCCAAGGAUCAGAUUAAAAUGAAUUGCAGUGCAACAUCAUUUCCGUUUACUCUUGUAAGCUUUUCUAUUAGUUUUUACUCAGCAGAUGUUCUGCUUCAGAGCUGAAAGGUUGAACAGGUGACAUGCUUUCAUCUGGCUUAUACAGGAAAGAUUGUGAACUUUUUAAAACUUGGGAGCGCCAGUACACUAUAUAUUUGUUUUGUUUUAGUGUGUCUCUUCUUGAAUUAUAUUUAGUAGUCGUAGCCGUAGUCAUAGUAGAUGUAGAAAUAUUAUUAAUCAUUCCCCUAAUGGGUGAUUAUAUGGUUUAUGUGCCAGUGGAGGCUAAGCCAAAACUGAUUGACAAAGCAUCAUUGGUAGAUACAUAUUUCCAAUACUUGUUGGUCAUGCUAUUUAUUACUAUCAUUUUAACUACAAAAAGGGUGCAUUGUAUCAAGUAAUUAACAUAAAGAUUUAUUAUGAAUCCUUUGUUAUAGCCGUAGCUGUAUUGUUAUAGUUUGUUGUUAUUAGUGGCAACAUAAAUCAUUAAUAACACCUUUGCAACAUAAUUAUAAAUGUAGAAUUAAUAACCAAAAUUGAAUAAUGUGACAUCAUUCUAGGCACAAAUUCAGUUCAAACUGCAGUAAUAUCAUCUAAAAUUGUCAGUCUUUGUCACUAUAUGUCUUCCAUAUUGUGCAUUAGUGGAGAUGUAAAAUUAGCAUUUAACAAGUUGGCCUCUUCACACCAGAUACCAGAGAGAGUAACGUCCACAGUCAAAUGGCAUACUAUAAUAUUUUUAAGGUAAAAUAAUAACAACUUAAAAGUAAAGACAUUUGGCAUUAGUUAAGCUUCCAUAACCUAAGGUCAAACAGACACUUCUACUGAGAGCUCAUUGCAGUCCACUGGCUUGAAUUGCUGUAGGCACAAUGGUUGCUUUUGUAAAUUUAUAUAACUUGGCUUUAGGCUUUUGACCUGUUGAAAUGAAUAUAGUUAUUUUUGUUCUGUGCUUGCCCUCUCCACACACUACUUUUGCGUUCCAUCUAUGUAUCUGUGUUUGCAAGGGGAAUAUCUUGACAGCAGCCUCUGAAAAAUCCCAGAAAACGUUACGCGGUGGCAUUAAAAAUGAAAUUGUUGCCUCUCGGCCUGCGAGUCUCCCAGCAUAUACUUUUCUGGAAAUAAUUCCUGUUGCAUGCGCUAGCUAAAACAACUGACAAACCAUCUUCAUUUAUCUAUGUGUUAAGGUUGUUAAAUGCGUUUGUUUGCAACAGCUCCCUGCUACUGAGAUCUUUCAAGCAGGGGUGUUUAGUGAUUUUCAAAUAGAUGUAUUUAACAUUAAACACUUGCAUCGGUUUAAUUAGAGAAUAAGGGUUCAACAGUUUUCACGGUAAAUAGCAAUCGGUAUACUCCCAUACUGUUUCCAUUGAACAAGCGCUAUGAAUUAUCAGUGAUUAUGUAGGACACACAAAAUUAGAGUAUGCAUCUUCAAAUGUCACUUUUAAUAGAUUUGUUUCCAUUUCCCUUACUUUUAUCAUCAUAUUUGAAUUAAUUCUGAGUGAAUGUGUGUUCUGUUGCUCCAAUAUUAUCAUUUUUCUCUAUGUUUGUCUUUAUCUGGCUUUCAGCUGGAUUCAACCUUGCAUUAGAAUCCUAAGUGCCGGCACUAAACAGCCUCAUCCAUUUAAAUCAUGUGAUAAUGUGACCUUACAACUCUGCUGACCCCACCUAAUGUCUUGUUUCCUUUCACAUAUAGGGAAAUGGAAAUAUAUUUCACUCUUUAUGUAUACAUUUUAAGUUAUCAUGGUUAUCCAUACAAACUGGUUGCAGAGUACCUACACAAUCGUUUGCAUCUAAUACAUAUGAAGGUUCAUUCACAGUCCUAGCAAAUAUCCAAAUGGAUUCAUUCAACAUCUUAAUAAUUCUAUUUGUGUUGAUCCAGGGAUAGUCUGUUUGAUUUAAUAUCACCGUUCUCAAUAUCGUGGCUAAAUCAAAGUUUAAACUUGCCAUGGAACACGUCUUUCUUUGAUAAAAAAUAAAAAUAUAUUUCUGUUGUUUUACUAUAAUCUACCAUUUUUAAUAAUUUAAAGCUCCGUUAUCAUCAGAAACAUUCACAUCUUUAAAAUUGUCCAAAGAAAUAGAUGAUUUUACAAUCAUUUGUCAAACAAUAAGUUAGAAUUAGUUGCAGAGACAAUUCUUUUUUUUUUUUUUUGCAGACUAUUUUAUUUGUACUGAAGUACCAUAGCAAUUUUUUGUUGUUGUUUAUGAAACAUACACUGCAUAAACUGCGGGUAAACUGUAAGGAAGAUGGCAUCGGUUCACUGAUACAUAUAGAGAGGCAACUUUAUGAAGUGAAUCAUCAUCUUCAACCUUUUAAACCAUUUCGAUCCAUUUGUUUUGGUACCUUUUGCUUUAUUUUAAAUCCAGGUUUUGUAAAAGCAACUGCAUUACUGUAAUGUUGUGGCUGGUAUUUCACCCAAUCUUUAUAUCAUAACACAAUAGAAAAUCAAAAUCGCUGUGCAUUUUGUUAAUAUAUUAAUGGAAUAUCGUUUUAAUUUACUAGAAUGAUGUUCCAUAAACAUGUAAAUAUAAAUAUUAACUUAAAUAAAUAAAUGCAUACAUAAAUAAAUAACAAUAUUUUAUAAUUCAUUUGACAUGAAUUUAGGAAAGGCGCAGAUGUUACAAUGUGUGUCAUAAAAUGUACAAAAUAAACCUCUUUUUCUCCUGCAUGCUGCCUGAAGUAUGUUGUGAUUCGCCAAUAAGAAUUCAAUGAAAUGCCUUUCCAAAUGAGGUUGGAUAACUCAAAACAAGCCGAAUUACUCUGAGAAUGUUUCAUCACAAUAUGUGUGUAUUUGAUACUGUUUCAUGUUGAGCUUAGUUGUCUGUCAUACCUGUAUCUUAAAGGCAACCUGUAGAUCGUGUUAAACUGUGAUGUGUUUCUGUCAUUGCCUGAAUUAUUUGGCUGUGUAAAAAUCAGUGUCUUGAACUUACUGUUUUUUCCUGGAUUGCCGUUAUUUCCUAACAUUAAAAUAUAGGUGUUUGUAAAUUU